AUGCAGCCAUUAAGAAGACAUGCCUUCUCUACAACUAGAGUACAGCGCAUGAUGAGCAUAGUCGGUUUCAGCGAGAAUCAACUCAUGGUUCGUGAGGCUGUGAGCCAGGUUUGCGCGGAGUUCCCAAAUACCUAUUGGCAACAACACGACCAAGAGGAAAAAGACCCCAAGGAGUUUCAUGCUACUCUCGCAAAAGCUGGAUGGCUAGGCAUUGCGCUGCCGGAGAGCCUAGGCGGCUCUGGACUCGGUAUCUCGGAGGCAACUAUCAUGAUGCAAACGAUCACGGAGUCCGGAGCAGGCAUGGCUGGUGCACAAUCUGUCCAUGCAAAUGUAUACGCUACUCAACCGCUGGCCAAAUUUGGUUCACAGGAACAACUUGAGACAAUAGUUCCUAAGAUCGUCUCUGGAGACACACGCGUUUGUUUCGGCGUGACAGAGCCAAACGCCGGGCUCGACACUCUUCGGCUUGCAACUAGCGCCAAAAAGAACUCAGAUGGAUCCUACAGCGUUACUGGACAGAAAAUCUGGAUUACCUGUGCUCAAGUUGCAUCGAAGAUGAUCCUCCUUGCACGCACAACUCCGUUGGAGGAGGCUCGGAAACCGAGCGAAGGUCUUUCAUUAUUCUGCAUUGACAUUGGUGACCGCAACAAACCUGGUCUUGAUCUCCGCAAGAUUAAGAAGAUGGGCGGUCGCGCCGUUGAUGCCAACGAGGUCUUUUUUGACAAUUACCACAUCUCUGCAGACUCGCUCAUUGGCGAAGAGGGCAAGGGCUUUAAAAUGAUAUUGCACGGAAUGAAUGCUGAGCGCUGUCUGCUAGCUGGAGAAGCUUUAGGACUUGGCUAUGCUGCUCUGAAGAAGGCCAGCGACUACGCGAAAGAGCGUGUUGUCUUCCAACGGCCAAUCGGUCAGAACCAAGCUAUUGCCCAUCCCUUGGCAGAUGCAUUCAUGAGACUCGAGGCUGCGAAACUAGCAACAUAUCAUGCUGCGAAACUCUAUGACCAGAGCAAAACAGAUUCUUCGGUGCGACAGGACGAGAUCGGAGUUGUGGCCAACAGCGCGAAGUACUUGGCGGCGGAGGCUGCUUUUACAGCCUGCGAGAGAGCAGUCCUGACGCAUGGAGGCAUGGGUUACGCCAUGGAAUACGAUGUGGAAAGGUGGUUCAGAGAGUGUUUAGUACCCAGGAUUGCACCCAUUAGUAGAGAGAUGAUCUUGAACUACAUUAGUGAGAGGGUAUUGAAGUUACCUCGGAGCUAUUGA